CGAAAUUUGUAAAUUAUUUUAGUUAAUCAUCUAUGUAGAGUAGCUAGUAAAAUAUUGUUUAAAUUUGUCAGUUAAUAAAAAUUUAAACCUUAUGUUUGUAAAAUUAAAACUAAAUUCUGUAGUUUCACCUCCCUUGUAAAUUUACUUAAAAAAUGGCAAAAUGAGUAAAGAAAUCAACACACACCAAAAAUCCGAUUCAACUGAUAUUGACUUGGAUGAUUUGAGCACUAGACCAAAUUCUAGAAGUAACUCAAAAACACGAAGAAAUAAUUUAAAUAAAAAAAUCAAAUUUAAGGAUUCCGGCCAAUUACAAGAAAAUGAACUGGACUAUUCCCAUUCGGACGAUAUAUUUGAUUCAGAUGAGGGAGAAGGUGAUAUAAAUAGAACUGGAAAUGUACCAAUUAAUUGGUAUGAAACCGAGGAUCACAUAGGAUACACGGCUGAGGGUAAAAAACUAAUAAAAGAGUUGGAUUCCACACAGUUAGGCCAGCUUAUUUUCAAUUCUGAGAAUCCUGAUGCCUGGAGAACUAUAAUUGAUCCGAGGAAUAAUCGCACAAUUAGACUUAAUGAUGAAGAUAUAAAGAUAAUUAGAAGGAUAAGAAAGGGAGUGUACCCAUCGGAAGCAUAUGACCCAGAAUCUGUAACUAUCGAAUUUGAUAACAGGGACUCGAUACACCCAGUUUCAUUUGAACUUCCACCCAAAAAUAGGUUCCUCCCUUCUAAAUGGGAAGCCAUUAAAAUCGCCAAGUUAGUUAAGUUGAUAAAGAGUGGAAACGUAUAUACUUCUGAACAGAGGAGACUGAACGAACUCAAGAAACCGGAGGAUUCGGAAGGUGUAGAGGAUAUUUGGGAGGACUCAAUAUAUGACGUGGAUCCUACAACCGCAAAGAGGAGUGUUAAAAAUGAAAUAAAACCGCCUAAAAUAGAACUACCUUCCAAUUCCGAGUCCUACAAUCCACCUGAAGAAUAUUUACUCAAUGAAGAGGAAACCAAGGAGUGGGAAGAAACGCCAGACCAUGAAAGGGCAAUGAAUUAUCUACCAACACAAUACAACAGUUUGAGAUUAGUUCCGAACUAUCACAACUUGAUAGUGGAAAGGUUUAAGAGGUGUUUACAACUUCUUAUGUGUCCCCGAGCAGUGAAACUUAAGAUGAAUGUAGAUCCAGACUCACUGUUGUCAGAGUUGCCAAGUCCUUCAGAACUUGGUCCUUAUCCUAAAAAAAUCAGUGUUGAAUAUAGGUUUAAAGGAUUGAAAAAGAUUUCACUUGACUCCACAGGCAGAUUUUUGGCUGUUUCGUCCUCAAAAUCAGUUAAUAUAUGCGAUGUUUUAACAGGGAUUUCAUUCCUAACUCUUGAUUUCCUGGAUGUUCAUGACCUUUUGUGGCACCCUAUAUUUCAAGCCUUAAUUAUAUCACACCAAAAUUACGUCACCGCCUUACCAGUUGAUUUGCCAAAUAAAUUUCACCCUGACUCAGUACAAUCCAAUGAUAUUACAAACUAUGAAAAGGCAGUAAAAUACUUAAGUAUGGACUCUCCCAAGGGUAACUGGAAGCCAUAUAAGAAGGAUAAAUAUGAGGGAUUAACAAUUCAACAUAAAUACCCAGUUAAAUAUAUGUCAAUACACCCUGGAGGAAAUUAUCUAGUUUGUGUUUGUCCAGAUUCAGCAGAGACUAUUAACCAAUGCAUUUUGCAUUGUUUUCCUAAACGAAGUUCCAUGAACCUUGGGAACAAAGUGUCUAACAACAAGAUGAAACUGGCAAUAUUCCACCCAACCGAACCGAAGCUAAUAAUAGCAUUCACAAGAAAUAUAAGAGUCUAUAACCUUACCACCAAAGCUGGUCAUGAUAACAAGUUGGAAGAGGAGAGCAAGUUCACAGGAUUAGACUCACCUGUUUCAAUUGACACUAAUGGAACAUAUCUGUUGACCGGAGAUGAACUAGGGAAACUCACAAUGUUCGAUCAGGAGAUAUCCUCAUUUCCAUAUAAAUCAUUCAGUUUUGAGAACGAGUCCAUAAUAAAGGUUCAAAUUCAUAAGAAGUUGCCUUUGGUCCUAGUGGCAUAUAGUAACUGUGUAAAAUGUUUUCAUCUGAGUACUACCCAGGAAAACGAAGUUUUAUUUGUCCCUCUUGGUGAAUUAAAGCUUGGGGAGAAAAUUACGGAUUGUACGUGGCAUAACACCGAACCCUGGUUAUACACAACCACUAAUAAAGAAGCCAUCAUGUGGGUCUGAUACACCCGGUUGAUUUAACACAUAAUUUGAUAUAUUCGAAAAUCUGUUAAAAAUAAUCAUACAUAUGUGGAAUCUCCAAGAUUUUACGAUUUCAUAAAUCUUUCGGAUGUAAAUUGUGAAAAGUCAUAAAAUAAAAAAUGAGGGUUGACACUGAUCCCUGAGACGGGGAGUUAUAGAUUAAUUUGAAAUAAAUUAAUUUUAUUUGUGUAAAAAUUACAUAG